UUAUGUGUAUAUAAUAGUACAGUUAUAUGGCCUGACAUCGACACCUGUUGUGGAAUACAAGAAGAAAUACAGAAUACCUCAUGGGAUUGAUGAUACAGGGUUGGAUGUCCACGGAAACUGACGACCAUGAUAUAGUCUAGAGUGACAAUGGGGUGUGGUGCAUCAAGUAACGAGGAUUUCAUCCUGGUGGAUGGCAUCCCAUCUUCUCGUAGCUCAUGGAGCUACCAGUACUACCGGCCGGAGCGCUCCCACUUUGACAACAAGCGGGGACUCGGAUGGCAUGAGGAAACUGAAACUGUCAGACAUAAUCGAAACUUUCCCAACGGAGAAAUAAACCAAAAUGGACUACAGAUUCGCCUAAGUCGCCACCUGUCUGCCUGUUGCCAAGGUAAAAAUGUGGGGAAACUGGAAGAAGCACUUGGGUUAUAUCAGAAGUUUAUCAAGACUCCCGAUGAUACCUAUUAUACAGCAGUUCGAAAACUCGAGUUCCUCAAACUAAGAGAAGGGUUAAGAGAAGGGCUACGCAGACGCCAUGCAGGCGUGUUGGACAAAGCUAUUAAAGACGCUUUGAAAUCUCCACAUGCUGAACGUCUCCGGAACCAAGUCCAAGUCGCCGAGAAAUUACGAGAUCAUCUGCGAGAACUUACAUUAGUGAAACAUGAAGUGAGAAUAGAGAUUGAUCUGAGAACUAUUUCGGAGAUGCGGAGCUAUCAGAAACCCCCGAACAGUGUUUCCAAGGUGACGGCAGCUGCUUGUAUGUUGCUGGGCUACUCAGAUAGAUUGACCAGGUGUUGGGCAGAUGUCCAGACAGUGCUUAGCCGGACAGGUCGGGACAAUCCACUUCAACUCAUGCACGAGUUCGAUCCCAGUGUGGUACCACAGCACAUUGCCGACAGAGUGGACAGUAUACUGUGUCGGUACAGACUUGAUGAAGUGCGGAUAGCCAGUCAUGGGGCUGCAAGUCUCUAUGUGUGGGCAGAUGAACAGUUGGAUCAGGUGUAUGCCUUAAAUGGCUGGAAAAGAAGACAAAAAUAAUGACAAUACAUGU